CUGACGUCAAGCGGCUGUCUGGAGAAGGCGAACAAAAGAUGGGGAGUGACUCGUCUUCUCGGGAAAAUUUGCAUUUCUUUUGGUGCUAAACUGGUAAAUUUUACCACAAGAUAGUCGCCAGGUUGUCGGGGAAACUUAAGGGAUGGCAAAAGACCACUGUGGAUAUUGCCAGUGUGAUAUUUCCACCGUCAAAGUGAGGUGCACAGAGUGCCCAGACUUUGACCUUUGUUUACAGUGUUUUUCAUGUGGAGCUGAAAUUGGAACCCACAAAAAGGAGCAUAGCUAUCAAAUCGCGGGUGAGGGAACAACUGCUGUGUUCGACACAAGUGAACGCUGGUCAGCCCUUGAGGAAACAUGUUUGCUAGAUGCUGUAGAACAGUAUGGCUUUGGGAACUGGGAGGAUGUGGCUAACCAUGUGGAGACUAAAAAGCCUUCAGAAUGUCUAGAUCACUACACAAAUUUUUAUAUUCAUGGGAACAUUGGGCGGGCCACAUUUUCCACAGAGCAAGCAGACAGCAUUAAAGACCACACAUGUACAGACAGUGGCCCAUUGUCACCCAGUCUCACCUCUCCUAUACCUCCAAUAGAACUCAGUCUGCAAGAACAACAGGAGCUAGGCUAUAUGCCUUUUAGAGAUGAUUUUGAAAGGGAACAUGAGAAUGAUGCUGAAGUCUUUGUAAGCGGUCUUUCAAUAAAUUAUGAUGAAGAUGAUAUAGAUAUAGCUGUUAAGUUAAGUCAUGUUGAUAAAUACAGAUUGAAAUUGCAUGAAAGGGAGAAAAGGAAAAAAAUAGCUAGGUCAUAUGGAUUGAUAGCUGCAGCAACUUCCUCAGGAAUUAAACAGAAAUCUCAGCAGCCAAAGAAAAAAAUAUCCAAAGAUGAGAGAGAAUUUCAGGAAAAAAUGAAAGUCUUCGCUCAGUUUCAUUCUUCCACCGACCAUGAACAGUUUUUUGAACAUUUACAGAAAGAGAAAGAGCUGAAAUCAAGAAUAAAGGAGUUGGUCAGGCAUCGGAAGAAUGGGAUUACGAAAACAGACGACAUAGAAGAAUUUGAGGAUGAAAAAUUUAAGAGGGAAAAGAAAAAGGAAAAUAAAAAGAAAAUGGGUAGCUCGGCUCCAACAAAAAGAACGUCAAUGGUUUCAAAAAAGGCAGGAGAAAAGUUAGAUUUUCAAAUAGAAGAAGAAGAGUUAAAAGAUGACAAUGAGGAGGAGGAAGAAGCUAAAGAACUGUCAGCCAUGCCAGGUUAUGUGAUGUUGUCAGACCGAGAGCGCAAACUGUGCAGUUCAAUUGGUAUGACCCCAGCUAAUUACAUCACCAUAAAGACUUGUAUUAUAAAGGAUUAUCUACAGCGGAAGCAAGGAUAUCCGGUUAAGAUUCGCUAUCCCAGUGGAUUGGAUAAAACCCACCGAAGAAAAAUUAUGAGUUUUUUAACAGACAAUGGCUGGAUUGGAGUGACGUAGCUUUGGCUGCCCAUUGUGAUGGGAUUUAGACUUCUGGUAUAUGUUAAAUAUACAUACUGUGAAAACACACAGUUAACACAGAAAACACUGGCUGAUUUACAACACAUCUUGCAACUGGUGCCACAGUGAUGUUGUUUUAGCUGACCAUGCUAAGCCCUUCAACUCAAGAUUGGCAGGCCAAAAUCACAUGUUUAGUGAAAGGACAGCCUGGUUUUAUGAUGCAGGAAGGGUUAUGUUGAUGACCAGAGACAUGAAGUAUUCAUUACAGAUGUAGGUAUCCCUGUGUCAAGGUGAACAGAUGCUUAUUACAUUCAGCUUAUCUACAGCCUUCUGCUGUACACAAUGUUGACCAGAUAGAGCCUAGCUAUCCGAGUUACACAGGGUGGUAGGUCUAUAUCUUAGCCUUGCCCUUCAAAUCCAUGAAGGAGCUGAAUUUUGGACUUCCAUAACUUUCAGCACUGUGUACUGAAUGUAAAACUGUUGCUUCUACUAGGCUAGAGCUAUUUAUUUCUAGUAGUUGCUAGCAUGUUCUCACUGCACAGUCCUAAUUUAUUUAACCUGCUGAUACAGGUUUCUGUGUGCUCGUAUAUCUUGUACAUAUUAUAAUUGUGACUGUACGUAAAAGUAGAUCAUUCCAAAGUUGUUCUUGUUUGCUCUAGCAAUAGUUUCCAGCACAGUUGUCUGAAGUCUCAGAGAGCUUUACCUUUUUUAUUCACCGCAAAUCAUUUCAAAAAACCUUUCCCCUCUUCAUGAAGAAGUUGUCUUGAUGUGACAUUCUUUAUUAUGGUGUUAUGAUGUUGCUACUUUUUGGUGAUAAAGGAUGUUUCAGUUACUUGGCCAGAGUUUAAAAGAAAUAAUAAACAUCUGGGUCCAGAAAUUUUUAUUGUGAUUGAAUAUGUGCUUAGCUAUGCAAUACAAAGCUAGUGGGAAGAACACAGAGGAAAUGAAGCCAUUAAAUGCAUAAUUAUUUUGUGAAAUUUCAAAGGGACCAUCUUAUUAAUUGUCCAUCAGAUUGCUGACAUUUGUUAAUAAUACUUAUGUGUGAGUGCGCCAAUCUCCUUGGCUAGAAUCUCGGAUGAAUAGCUGUAUGUGUCAUGGUAAUGUGAUUUAUGGUAGAUGUUUCACUUCACUCAUUAUCCCCCUCCAUGAAUCUGAACUCAGACCAGUUCGACUGUCAUCAAAUGUUACCGCCUCAGUAUCUGAGGCAUUGGUAUGUCAAACCAGUUUUUAAUAAGGUGUAUAAGUCUGUGAAGUGUGAAUUGUUUCCACAGUGUGAGAGGUAAUUUAUGUCGUCUGUUUCUGUUAAAACCAUGAUGCACACAAGGACAUAUGUAACAGUCAUUAUUAUGAGGUUUGCAAUAAAGGCCUUGA